CUCAUUAUGCAAAUCCAUCGUUUCCUCACGGCAUCUCGUAACGCCGUUCGUGCUACCCGCGCCAACGCUGCCUCCCUUGCUCAGGCUUCUGCCCGUACCUACGCCACUGCUGCCGUUGCCACCGCCACCCCCGGUCAGAUUCGUUCCGUUAUUGGUGCCGUUGUCGAUGUCCAGUUCGAACAGGACAACCUCCCCGCCAUUUUGAACGCUCUCGAGGUUCAGGACCACACUGGUGGUCGUCUCGUUCUCGAGGUCUCCCAGCACUUGGGUGAGAACACUGUCCGUACCAUUGCUAUGGACGGUACUGAAGGUCUCGUCCGUGGCCAGAAGGUCGUCGAUACUGGUGCCCCCAUUACCAUUCCCGUCGGUAAGGAGGUCCUCGGUCGUAUCAUCAACGUUAUUGGUGAGCCCAUCGAUGAGCGUGGUCCCAUCAACGCCAAGUCUUCCCGUCCCAUUCACGCUGAGGCUCCUGAGUUCGUUGACCAGUCCCCCACUCCCGAGAUUCUCGAGACUGGUAUCAAGGUCGUCGAUCUCUUGGCUCCUUAUGCCCGUGGUGGUAAGAUUGGUCUUUUCGGAGGUGCUGGUGUCGGUAAGACUGUGUUGAUUCAGGAAUUGAUCAACAACAUCGCCAAGGCCCACGGUGGUUACUCCAUCUUCUGCGGUGUCGGUGAGCGUACUCGUGAGGGUAACGAUCUUUACCAUGAGAUGAUGGAGACUGGUGUCAUCAAGCUCGAGGGUGAGUCCAAGUGUGCUCUCGUCUUCGGUCAGAUGAACGAGCCCCCAGGAGCCCGUGCUCGUGUUGCUCUUACUGGUUUGACCAUUGCCGAGUACUUCCGUGAUGAUGAAGGUCAGGAUGUGUUGCUCUUCAUUGACAACAUUUUCCGUUUCACUCAGGCCGGUUCUGAGGUGUCUGCCCUUUUGGGUCGUAUUCCCUCUGCCGUCGGUUACCAGCCCACUCUUUCCACCGAUAUGGGUGGUAUGCAGGAGCGUAUUACCACCACCAAGAACGGUUCCAUUACCUCUGUCCAGGCCGUUUACGUGCCCGCUGAUGAUUUGACCGAUCCCGCCCCCGCCACCACCUUUGCUCACUUGGAUGCCACCACUGUGUUGUCUCGUUCCAUUGCUGAGUUGGGUAUCUACCCCGCUGUCGAUCCCCUUGACUCCAAGUCCCGUAUCUUGGAUCCCCGUAUUGUCGGUGACGAGCACUACAAGGUCGCCACUCAGGUUCAGCAGAUCCUCCAGAACUACAAGUCUCUCCAGGAUAUCAUUGCCAUUCUUGGUAUGGAUGAGUUGUCUGAGGAGGAUAAGCUUGUUGUCGAGCGUGCCCGUAAGAUCCAGCGUUUCUUGUCCCAGCCUUUCGCUGUCGCCCAGGUUUUCACUGGUUACGAGGGUCGUCUUGUCCCUCUCCAGGAUACCAUCCGCUCCUUCAAGGAAAUCUUGGACGGUAAGCACGAUGGUCUUCCCGAGACUGCUUUCUACAUGCAGGGUGAUAUCAACGAUGUCAUCAAGCGUUCCGAGGAGCUCGCCAAGGAGAUGGGUGGCCAGUAAAUACUCUAUAAAUUAAAAAAAUAAAAACAUGGCCAGUAACGCUUAACAAGAAGCCUAGUAAUUGAUUGUACUUUUGCACUGGACCCUUUGCAUUAAAACAAAAAAUAAAAUAAACCAUAAGAAAGAACGUCAGAAUAUCCUUGUGUAUCACAAUAGAACCAUAAAACUCUUAUUGUGUUCCCAUAUUAAAUCUUCUUGGCUUAUUUUGGGCCUUAUUUGUAUCUGGCAACAGAAAUAGUCUUGUUGUUGAUUUACUUGUUUUGCUUUUUUGUUUACAAUCUACAGACUUUUUGUACCCC